UAUUUUUAGCGGAGGGUGUCAAUGGGGGAUUACGGCUUCGGGUUACUGCAGACAGCCGGGAGCGCUGGCAGCGGAGGAGGCAGCGGCUUGUUCGGUGGGGGAGCGUUCAGAGGGAGCCCGCAGUACCCAUCGGCGGCUUCGGGCAGCGCCCUGUUCCUGCCAGGCUACCCACAGAUCAUGCAGGAUGAGCUACUGUUGGGGGUGAGCUGUGGCCCCGGCAGGCACAGUAAGAACGGGGGCCACCACCAGGUCUCUCCCCCUGCCCUGCUGCUGCACGGUGCCCAGGACAAGCAGCUGGGGCACAAGAGGAAGGACUUCAGCCCCCAGGAGAGCGCAGCGUUCAGGGAGGAGCUGAAGAAGCCAGGGGAGGUUAAUCAUCACCGCCAGGGAUCUCCCAAAGCGGAGGAGCUGGGUGUGGAGGGUCCCGACAAGCUGCUGCCAUCCUCGCCAUCCUUGUCUUCGUCCUCCAGCUCCUGCUCGGCCGAGGAGGUGCCCUCUGCCGCCGGGGACCCCCAUGCUUCUGGAUCGCCCCCUUCUCUGGCCAAGUGCAAGCUGCAGAUGGAGGCGCAGGGUGGUGGUGGUGGGCAUCUGCUCCUAGGGAGCCCCUUCCCCGGAUCGCCCGACCUGGCUAGCAAUCAGAGCCCCGGAGGAUCGAGCUCUUCCCCUUCCCUGCCGGGUUUCGGGACCCCCUGGUCGGUGCAGACCUCGUCCCCACCUCCGCCGCCUCACCAAAUGCCCCAGCAGCAGCAACCCUCUGCGCCCCACCCUGCCGGCCCCAAUCUCAAUGCCCUGCAGAGCCAGGAGCCUGACAGCUUCUACCCUGGCAUCCCCUCCUCCAUCAACCCGGCCUUCUUCCACAGCUUCUCCCCGGUGUCUGCCAACCCCUGCCCUGGCAUCAACGUGCCCGGAUUCAACAGCCCAUUCUCUGGCCAGAUCAACAUCACCCAACAGCAACAGAGCCGGAGAUCCCCGGUGAGCCCCCAGCUCAACCCCCAGCAUCACCAGGCUGCAGCCUUCCUACAGCAGAGGAACAACUACAACCACCAUCAGCCUCUUGUCAAGCAGUCUCCAUGGAGCAGCCACCAAGGUAGCGGCUGGAGCACAGGCAGCAUGUCAUGGGGUGGAAUGCAUGGUCGUGAUCGCCGAACCUCCAACAUGGGAAUCCCCGGAACAAUGAAUCAAAUUUCCCCUCUAAAGAAACCCUUCUCUGGAAACGUCAUUGCUCCACCUAAGUUCACACGCUCCACUUCAUCCCUAGCUCCCAAAUCCUGGAUUGAUGACAAUGUGUUCAGAACAGACAACAACAGCAACUCUCUCUUACCCUUACAGGUAAGAAUGGAUCGGAGCAGAAUGUACGACAGUUUAAAUAUGCACUCCUUAGAAAACUCCCUUAUCGAAAUAAUGAGAGCAGAGCAUGAUCCACUGAAAGGUCGCUUGAACUAUCCCCAUCCAGGAACAGAUAGUCUUCUGAUGUUAAAUGCAAGGAGUUAUGGCAGAAGACGAGGUCGCUCUUCCCUGUUCCCGAUCGAUGACAGCUUGCUUGAUGAUGGGCAUAAUGACCAAGUCGGUGUUCUGAAUUCUCCAAACUGCUAUUCUGGACAUCAAAACGGGGAAAGAAUUGAGCGUUUCUCGAGGAAAGUAUUUGUCGGUGGCCUUCCACCUGAUAUAGAUGAAGAUGAGAUCACUGCCAGUUUCCGUCGCUUUGGCCCCCUGGUGGUUGACUGGCCACACAAGGCAGAAAGCAAAUCUUACUUUCCACCAAAAGGUUACGCGUUCCUUCUUUUCCAAGAAGAAAGCUCCGUUCAGGCUCUGAUUGAAGCCUGCAUUGAAGAAGACUCUAAACUCUAUCUGUGUGUCUCUAGCCCAACUAUCAAAGACAAGCCUGUUCAGAUUCGUCCUUGGAACUUGAGCGACAGUGACUUUGUGAUGGAUGGGUCACAACCGCUUGACCCCCGAAAAACUAUAUUUGUUGGAGGAGUCCCCAGACCACUGAGAGCUGUGGAGCUAGCCAUGAUUAUGGAUCGUCUUUAUGGGGGAGUUUGCUACGCAGGCAUUGAUACAGAUCCAGAGCUGAAAUACCCAAAAGGUGCCGGACGUGUUGCAUUCUCCAAUCAGCAGAGUUACAUUGCAGCCAUCAGUGCUAGAUUUGUGCAGCUUCAACAUGGAGAUAUUGAUAAACGAGUCGAGGUGAAGCCAUACGUAUUGGAUGACCAGAUGUGCGAUGAAUGCCAGGGAGCCCGCUGCAGUGGGAAAUUUGCUCCGUUCUUCUGUGCCAAUGUCACAUGCCUGCAGUAUUACUGCGAGUUCUGCUGGGCAAACAUCCACUAUUUUAAGUGUAAUUAUAAGCCCACGCUUACGGACACUAGGUGA